UUCGACUUUGAUUUUGACAAAACAUCCGCCAGACCCGCACAAAAUAUUCUCUCACCCGUUUCGGGAUUCGAGCUUCGGUCUUCACAAAUCUCUACUGUAAAACUUGCGGUAUCGAUCAUGGCGGCCGUUAUCAUAAAUGAAGUUUUGUCGACCUCUGGUCUUGUCGUCGUCUCGACACUCGUCGCCAUGCUCUUCAUACGGUAUUACCGCAUUCGUAGAUCGGUACAACUUCCCUUACCUCCGGGCCCGAAGAAACUCCCACUCCUUGGAAACAGUCUUGAUAUGCCAUCUGCUUUCCACUGGAUUACAUUCUCUAAAUGGGCGGAGCAAUAUGACUCGGAUGUCCUUCACCUAGAGAUUGCAGGGGGGAAUUAUAUCAUUUUGAAUUCGUACCAGGCAGUUACAGACUUGCUGGAGAAAAGGUCGAGCAUAUAUUCGAGCAGACCUCAUGCCACUAUGUUACAAGAUUUAAUUGGCUGGGAUCGUGACGUUCUCCUUAUGCCUUACGGGGAGGACUUUAGAGCUCACAGAAAGCUUUUCCAGCAAGAAUUCCAUCCGAAUAACUCACAAUUGCAUCGUCCUCACGAGAAAAAAGCCUUAGUAGUUUUCUUGAAUAAAUUAGUUGAAACGCCGGAGGAAUGGCUUGCGCACAUCAAACAUAUGACAGGCACAAUCAUCCUAGCUGUAGCGUAUGGGAUCCAUGUGCAGUCUAAAGAUGAUCCAAACAUCGAUGCAGCGGAAAAGAUGAUCGCGGUUCUGAACACUGCUGGAAUUCCUGGUGCGUUCCUUGUGGAUGUUUUCCCCAUACUCAAAUACGUUCCGUCCUGGUUCCCGGGCGCAAGUUUCAAACGAAAAGCUCGAAAAUGGAAUGGAAUUCUCGGUGCAACGAUUACGCCCCCGUUCAUGAAAGUCAAGCAGGCCAUGGCUAACGGAACCGCGGAAGACUGCUUCAGCUUAAGAUGUCUACAGAACACCAAGAACCCUGAUCCUCGACCUGAUCAUCUCUCAAAGGAAGAGGAGAUCAUCAAGGAGACUGUAGGGACCAUGUACGAAGGCGGCGCCGACACAGGGAUAACCACUCUCCGGACCUUCCUUCUCGCUAUGAUGCUAUUCCCCCAUGCACAACGCGAAGCCCAGGACGAACUGGACCGUGUUAUUGGAAAGGACCGAUUACCGGACUAUGCUGAUCUGGACAAAGAUUCCUUACCUUAUGUGUGCGCUGUUGUGUAUGAAUGUCUAAGAUGGCAACCUGUCGUUCCGUUAGCCUUCCCUCAUCAAUUGGAUGCAGACGAUACAUAUAAAGGCUACUACAUCCCAAAAGGCUCAACGAUAAUGCCCAAUGUCUGGGCAAUCCUCCGAGACGAGAAAACCUACGGACCCAAUGCACAUACCUUCGAACCGAAACGGUGGCUCCUCAAGCAGGGAGAGGGGUGGAAGCUGAACCCCGACAUGCGUGAGCCGACAACGGUAGCUUUUGGAUUCGGGAGGAGGGUCUGUCCAGGUAAACACAUGGGUCUAUCCUCCUUCCACAUCAACGUUGCAUCGCUCCUUCAUUGCUUCAACGUUACCCCUCCCAUAGACGAGCAUGGUAUUCCUAUUAUUCCGAAGAUCGAAUACAUCUCAGCUGUGUUGAAUCAACCCGCUCCAUUCCAAUGUUCCAUCAAGCCUCGCUCGGAAGGACAUGUUGCCCUUGUCCAACAGGCAUUGUUGGAUGUAGGGUAUUGAGAGUUGAUGAUAUAUUUCAAUUAAUAUCGAGAAGAAUGAAAAGUCAUUAUGGUUGUAAUUUUCGUUCAUCAUGCCACCCCUCUAUUAUUGAACACAUU